AUGGCAUCGCCUCUGAUUCGCACAAUUCAAACCGCUUGUCUCGGCUUCGGUGAUGUGUUGAACACGAGACCAGACGUCAAGUUCAUACUCGUGCCCUUCGCACAGGAAAUCGCCAACCAGCCCUGUGACAUCGGAUAUCCACAAGCAGAACUCAAGCAGAAGAUCGCAGCCUGGCUGGCCCAAGAGAACCUUGGCUUUGGAAUCGGGAGAAUGGACUGGAGUCUGGUCGAGGAUGGUUGGAACUCAAAGGCUGGUCCUUACGCCGCCACUCUCGAAGCCGUGAACGCACGCGCUGCUGUUCUUCGCGCAACCCUGUAUGCUCAUCCCUCUGAGGCCGUGGUACUGGUCACCCAUGGCGCAUUCCUGCACUUCUUCACUGCCGACUGGGCUUCUUUCGAUGGUUCCAAAGGAACUGGCUAUGAGAACUGCGAGUUCAGAAAGUUCACUUGGGAGGCUGAAAACGGAGAUGGAUAUCAUCUGAAAGAAGUUGGUGGUGCAAAGAUCAAGAUGGGCAGACCUCCUGGUGUCUAUGCUCACGUUCUCGAGGGCAUCGAGAUGGUGGAAGGGCAGAAUCCUAGGCAGAUUAAGGUCGGCAACGGCAAGAUCUGA